GGUUCGAAACGCGUCUUUUAAAAUGGCGGACAUUUGUAAACAACGGCGUUGAUUCCCAGUAAUCAUGUCAAAAUUAUACGUUAAAUCCGUUACGUAAUAAUGUAACAGUAACUUUAUUUUACUAUUGGAUAAAUUAUAGUUUAUAUCGUAAACAUAUAUAUAAAAAAAAGAGGGAAAAUAUGCAAUCUACUAUUGAUAAAAUGUUAUCGACAAAGAAAGCUUUGUGCGCUUGCAUAAGAGGAAAAAAAUUCGAAGACGAUGUUCGACUACUAGAUUAUCGACAUGGAUCUUUGGAUCAAGUUCCCAACAACGUGUUCGUUCGAGAGAGGACGCUUGAAGAACUACUUUUGGAUGCUAAUUGCAUUUCGGAUCUACCCAGAGAACUUUUUUGUUGUACUGGUCUGAGAAUCUUAUCGGUUUCUGAUAACGAGCUCAAACUCCUUCCACCAGCCAUUGGAAGUUUAAUUUGUCUCGAGCAACUCGAUGUAUCGAAAAAUUCUUUGUCAUACGUUCCUGACGCAAUAAAGAGCUGUAAACGGCUCUCAACGUUAGAUCUAAGCGUUAAUCCCUUAGGUCGUGUGCCUGAUGGCGUUUGUCAAUGCCUUUCACUAACUAGUUUGCACUUGAACGAUUGUUUAUUGGAUUUUGUACCUGGCCAAUUGGGAAGACUAACAAACCUACUGGUUUUGGAAUUAAGGGAAAACCGUCUGAGAAAUUUGCCAAAUACAUUCAACAGAUUAACUAAUUUAGAACGUUUAGAUGUGGGUACAAAUGACUUUCAUACUUUUCCAGAUGUUAUUGGAGAAAUGAAAAAUUUAAAGGAAAUUUGGUGCGAUCGAAAUAAAAUAACUACAAUAUCUAGUUGUUUGGGAAACCUUAAAAAUUUAGUCUUUCUCGAUGCCAGUAAAAAUCUACUACGUAACAUAGACGGAAGUAUUGAGGCUUGUAUUCAGCUAGCGGAUUUACAUCUCUCCUCUAAUGACUUGAAACGAUUACCUGAAUCUCUUGGUCGUUUAAGUAAUUUAACAACUUUAAAGUUGGACGACAAUCUUUUGGAAUGUUUACCUAUUUCCCUCGGAGGAUUAGCUUCCCUUUCCGAAUUGGAAGUUAGCGCAAAUCAGCUAAUAAAUUUCCCACCUUCGAUUGGAUUGUUACGUAAUCUUCGAACAUUAUACGCUAAUGAGAAUUUAUUACGUUUGCUACCCACGGAAUUGGGUAGUUGCCAGGCAUUAACUGUCUUAUCUCUAAGAGCGAAUCAGCUUACCUAUGUACCGGAUGAAAUAGGAAGAAUACCCAAACUCAGAGUUUUGAAUUUGUCCUCUAACUUUUUGGUCAAUCUGCCAAUGUCUCUUAUGAGAUUAAAUUAUUUGCAAGCCAUGUGGCUGUCUGAAAAUCAAGCACAGCCUAUCAUCCGCUUACAAAGCGAUAUACAAAAUGGAAGAAAAGUUUUAACUUGUUAUCUAUUGCCUCAACAGCCACAUGAUGGUGACGACGAUUCUAUUGCAGGAGAUUAUAUCAAUGGGGACCGCGAAAGAAAAAUCACUUGGGAUAGUUCAGCCGGAGAAAACGUUAGUAGGCUAGAAAGAGUCCCUACUCCAGGGCCAGCGGAAAUGAGGGCAAGAAAUGUAAAAGCUCAAGUGAAGAGUUUAACAGACAAUGAUCGUCUUGAGGAAGCUCCCGUUUUAGGGAGAAGGGCUGAAAGGCAAUUAACUCAGGUUGUUGAACGCCAUCAUCUUCUGAAAGCAGAUAAGGAAAAAAUGAUGAAAGAUAAAAAGAGGCUAAAAGGAGAAACAGAAGAUGACGAUGAUGGAGGAUUUUUAUCACCUCAUUCUCGUCACCUUCCUCAGCUGCUAGGACCUCCUCCAAUGGACAGACGUCUUAGAAGGUCUUCAAAGGGCUACGAGAGUGAUAGUGGCAUCGCUAGAAAUCCUAUGUCAGGCUACGAUUCAGAUACAGGCUAUAAGAGCGAUACAGGAUACAAAUCUGACGCAGAAAUAUACGAAAGAAUGAAAGCAAUUCUAAAUCGAAAGGCUAGAUCUACAUCCCAUCUUUCCAGGCCACAGCCUGGUCCUCCGAUCGCAAACUUCCAUUCUACACCUGUUAGACACUUUAGACCAGAAUCUCACGCUGAAGUUGUUCGGUCUGAAUCAUUUCGAUCAACCCCACUUCAACGUAUUGACGAGAUUUCAAAUUUGUCCAUGAGACCCGUCCAGGAAAUGCAUGUUCCAACUACUCCAACCAGCAAACAAAUACCGACUGCUCAGAGAGCCAUAACGCCAAGAACUCCAAAUCAAAAUGGAUCACAUUCAUUUUCAUUUUCGCAUAAGGCAAUGCCAAUUACCAGACCUGCUCAACCGCAACCGUCCCCGUGGCGUCGAUCAGCCAUUGAAUCGGAUCAAAAUCAUAACUUAGAAGAGGAGGAAUGGAAAAAGCAAUUAUAUAAAGCCCAAAUUGCUUUAAAUAAAAGUCCAUCUCAACCAAAUGGAUUAAAUAAUAUACAGGUGGGUGUAAGCCAUAGCUAUAAAUAUUUUGCUAAUCGUUAGUUAAUCAAUUAAUCCACUAAGUCCCGAGCUUUAUGCAUAUUUAUUCAUGCAAAAAUCGAAAAGAGUAUUAUGUUUUUAAGCUUCUCCGCUGCAAAUUUGGUUAAAUUAAUAUCAAAUUCUCUUUCUGUUCUCUUCGUAGAGGCUAUGAGAAGAAACGAAAUGAAAGAUAAAGAUGAUAAAAUUUUAUCGAUAAAUAAUUUACAAAUGUAAGAUGCACAUUCAGGUGGUUUUGUUUCGCUGUUAAAACUCAAAAAAUUUGAUCUUAAAUAUACUUUGAUCGAUUAUUUAAGAUAUUCGAAAAGGUCAACUAUUGAGUGAGAUGAUCAAUCAAAAGAACAAUAUAUAACAAUGAAUAUUUUAAAUUAAAGAUUUAUUACUCAAUGGCAAAAUGAUAAUCGAAUAUCAAUUAACGGAAUGAUUUUAAUUUAAUGAUCCACUCUUUUAAAAUACUCGGUUCUUUAUUUCUGAAGACUAACAAUUUUAUUUUAACUAACUAUUGACAAAACUUCUGUUAGUGCUGGCGAAGCGUUCCCGAACUUCGCAAUAAAACCGGCGCACCUUUCCCCAUCGCUUCAAGCUUUGCUCACAUUCCUGUAAGCAUUUAUGAUUCUAUAUUUUUUGAUAAAACUGUGAUAUCAUACAUAAACACGCAAAGAAUGUUAUUUUGUUAUUCCAACAAAAGGAAUCAUUUAUUAUACUAUCGGCGGUUUUAUUGAUGAUAUCGCACUUUAUUCAAAGUUAAUGGUCAUUUCUAUUUGUGACAAGGAGAAAAAAGAGCUAAUUGAAGGAAAUUGAUCAGCUCUUAAAGUUUUUUUUUAUAUUGUAAUAUAUAGCUUUCAAAACUUUUUGAUCCACUCCAAUAGGAACCGAUAACAACACCACUAAAUGACGUUCGUGCCCAACUUGUUCAUGCCUCUUCAGACAUACCUUAUGCUGACGAUUCAUCAAAAGAAGAUAUACGACAACCUUUUUCUCAAACAUCUACAGAUAGCGGCUAUCAGGAUGACCAUGCUACCCAAUUACUUGUAAAAUUAUACAAAACUCCUGAUCUUGGUAUCAGUAUAGCUGGUGGCCUACAAUCCCCUGGAAACCCUUUCAAUCCUGAUGAUACGGUAUUAUAUUCUAUUUUCUUUCAAAAGUUAAUUUUUCAUUGUUUAAUAAAUUGUAGCAGGGAAUAUACGUUACAAGGGUUUUAGAGCCAAGAAAUGAAGUCCACGUUCGGGAUAAAAUAUUAAAGAUAAACGGAAUAAGCUGCAAGGGAAAGGAACAUGAAACUGUUGUAAAUUGGCUAAGAGGUUCCGAUUCACCAGUUCAUCUUCUCGUUGAACGACGCCUUGCCAAACACAUAACGUGAUAUUACCUACUACAAAAAUUUUAUACCUUUCUUUUUUCUAUGAUUUAGACAUCAGGAAUUAGAUGUGAUAUUGCCUUUUUUAAAAUAAUGUAUCUUAUAGAUUUUUUACUGUAUGAGAUGAUUUAUCAAAUGCACAAAACCGCAUUUUAUAAAUAAAUGAAAACCUGAC